GUACGUGGCAGGAUAUCAUUGGUUAGUCACGUUGGCCGACCCUGAGAUGGGUAAGACUAUUGCUUAAUGUCCUCCGACAGACACAAGUGCGACGAUAGAUUGACAAGGGAGGAACGAACCCACGACCAAACACCCACCACCGUUGAAGCAAAUCUCAACGAGGAGAGAGAUACCCGUUCCCUCUCCCUCUCUCUCUCUAGAGAGACUCAGAAAUUCCUGGAAUUUGAUUCAAUUCUUCGACAACAUGAGUUUGACCCAGUUCGCCAUGAAUGCUACCGAAAUGCAGGUUGAGGAAUUGGCUUCUCUUGUCAAAGACAAUCUUACUUGCAAGCAUCUUAUUCUCUCAGUGGAAGAGUCCUUGGUGGAAUUCCUUCAGAGUGAUACCAGGCAUUUCCAGUGGGGUCUUGGAGUUGGAACCAAUGAACUCAUACAACCGUCUUCUGUUGCAUCGUCUUGCGGAUAUAUUUGGGUUUUCUCAUGAAUCUGUUGGUGAAGGAGAGGAGCGGCACUUAAUUUUGGAGCGCUGCCCAGAGACCUCAAUACCUUCUAUCCUUGUUGGUGAUAUUUUGUGGCAGUAUGAUGAGCCCGAUUCUCCAACAACUUCACACCUGUUAUUAAAGAGGACCGAAAGCCCCCCAGUGUUGAGAACAAAACCACCUUUGCUCCAACAUUCACUUGAGGAGAGAGAAGCAGCUUAUUUGGCUGCUCGAGAGCGAAUAUUUUCAAGAGACUUGGGCGAGGUAAACGAAUCUGUCAGGCAGAAGCCACGUAGUGACCCUGUUGUUGCCCGCCGGAUGAUAGCGCAUGCACUAGGCCAGAGAAUCAAUCCAUCCAGUCAGGGUUCUCCUCACGAGCAUUGCAAAGCUUCUGGAGGGCAGACUGAUGAAUUACGUGUUCAAGGCAAUGUUGUAGAUGAGGCUGAUUUGACCGCAGAAUCUUUUCAGCAUAGAGUCUCCCUUUCAAACGGAGAUAUGAACUCGCGUGGUGAAGUGAAAAACAACCACCGUAAUAAUAGUGGCCCAGCUCUGACCCGAAGUGAAAAGAAGACAUCCCAGAAACAAGGUGACAAUAAUGGAAGAAGUGGACAUGGUGUAGAUGAGGAAUACAUCAAAAGGGAGCAAGUGGGAGCAGCAAAGAGGAUGUUUGCUAAUGCCUUGGGAAUGCGUUCAGGGAAGAAUGGUUCUCUCUCGAAAUGCAGCGAGAUAAAGCAUGAUAGCACGGAGUAAUGGUUGAAGUGUUUAGAAAAGUAUAUCGGUUUGCUGUUUCAUUCAUCUUGUACCCGGUACACAUCAAGCACCGGAGCAUCUUGGGUCUUCAGUCAAGUGAAUGGUUUACGGACAUGUAUUGAGAGUUCUUAUGGCAUGUGAGGAGAUGCAUGGCAAAAGGAGGGAAGCCUUUUGGUGGUAGAAUGCUGGCGGCUGCUCAGUUCUGUAUGGAUGGACAACGAUUAUACUCAUAGCCAGCCGAUACAAGCAGCAGAUUCUUCAGCUUCUGCCAAUGUCGAAAAUAGGUUGUGUUGAUGAUGGAAGUCGUCUGUAUUGGUGGUGCAAGCAUGAAUAAAUCGCCACUCAAAAAUUAUGCUUUCCCCCUUGAUUCUGUUUCGCGACCUCAUGUAUUUGUUGUCUUAACAUUUUCUCUACUUCUCGAGCAAAAGAUCUCUUGAAAACUCGAAAAAUUUGUGUGUUUUAAUAAAAGUGUAAGCUAUAACUCCCAAUUUUUUAUCA